UCUAGACACAGCUCUCUGCCCUUCAUGGCUCUUACUAGGCCUCGUGUGGCGAUGCAACUCUCCUUUUGUUAAUGUUGUUUUUUUCUCUUCAAACUUUGUGUUUCGUUCCUGCCACUGGAAGAUGCCCAGGAAUGGUUGCCUCUGUCCUUCACUGAUCAUCACAUUCUCUUUGUCUCUGUUUUUCCAGUCCCAGAUGAUAAUCAGAAGCCUCAACCCCUGCUUGGAGGUGAUCCCAGGUAUCACUUACAAUUGCAUGGAGCUCAACCUCAGUGUUAUCCCACCUGAUAUUCCAAAUUCCGCCCAGAGCCUGGAUCUAAGCUUCAACCCACUGGAAAUCCUGACCUCAAAUUAUUUCUCACCACUCUUCGCACUGAAGUUUCUGGACCUCACUAGAUGCAACAUCCAGAAUAUAGAAGACAAUGCGUUUGUUGGUCUCUGUAACCUUUCUGUCUUGAUCCUGACUGCCAAUCCUCUCCAUUUCCUGGGUGCAAGAGCUUUUCAUGAUUUGACAUCCUUGCAAAGACUGGUAGCUGUACAAACUGAACUAUACUCCCUGGACAACCUGCCCAUUGGACAAAUGACAUCUCUCCAAGAACUGAAUCUGGGAAACAACUACAUUGAUUCAUUGAAGCUUCCUGGAUAUUUUUCCCGCCUACUAUUUCUAAAGUUUUUGAGCCUCCAAGCAAACAAGAUAUCUUCCAUUUCGGUAGGAGAUUUGGAUGCAUUGUCAAGCCAGAACCUCACACUUGUGCUAUCUAGGAAUGACAUAAAACAUAUUGAGGUAAAUGCCAUUGCAGGACUUCACCUUCAGAAACUAUCUUUGAGAGGCUGCUUUGAGAGUAGCACCAUUAUGCAAGCAAGCCUCCAGAAUCUGACUGGCUUACAUACUAACAGUUUAGUGUUAGGAGAAUAUAGGAACAUUAAGAAGUUGCAGACUUUCACUAAAGGUAUCUUGGAUGCCCUAUGUCAUAUGCACUUGCAGGAGAUAACUCUAUUCUGCAUUAAUGGUGAUGUUGAUAAUACAGAUGACCUCUCUCUUUGCUUGAACAACUUCUCCACUAUACGACUGGUAGAUACCUACAUAAAAGAUGUGUCAAAUUUUCCAGAAAACUCAAGCAUACGCCAUCUUGAAUUCAAGAACGGCAGAUUUAGACAGGUGCCUUCAGUGAGGUUGUCUUCCUUGAAGGAGUUAAGAUCACUCCGCAUCACCCGCACCCAACAGCUUGUUGGAUUUAAGGAGGACUUUCAGGGACUGCAGAAGCUCGAGACCCUGGAUCUCAGUCAGAAUGAGCUUGCUGCUGACCUUUGCUGGCUCUGCCUCAGAAAAGGGGUUCCAAAUUUGAAGUAUUUGAAUCUUAGCUUCAAUGUUAGAAUCGGUUUACAGGCUGAGUGCUAUGGCCUCCCCAAACUGGAAAUGAUGGAUUUACAACACACCACACUCAAUGGAGCAGGAGAGGUCCCUGUUUUUCUGUGCCUUCCAAAUCUCAUCUACCUUGAUAUUUCCCACACCCGCACAAAUAUUCAGUCAGACUGUACAUUUUGUGGGUUGAAAAGUCUGCAAGUGCUGAAAAUGGCUGGCAACACCUUUGAAAACAAUAAGUUGGUUAACACCUUAAAGAACCUCAGCAGUCUACAAAUCUUGGACAUUUCCAAUUGUCGGCUGCAAUACCUCUCCCUUAACAGCCUAGCCAGACUCCAUGAGCUCCGCGAACUGAACAUCAGUCACAACAAGCUCCUGGGCCUCCAUCCAGAGGCCUAUGUCCACCUCCAAGCCCUCAGUAUCCUGGAUUUCCAUAGCAACCAGUUGUCUGUUUUAACAGAGAAGGAUCUGCAGAAUUUGCCCAGCAGCCUGAAGAAUCUGGACCUCUCUCAGAAUCUUUUUGAUUGCUCCUGUGAGAACUUGCAUUUCUUGCAGUGGGCCAAAGAGAACAGGAACUUCCUCCGGCAUGCUGAAAACAUGAUCUGCCACAGUCCCAAGCACUUAAGAGAUGUCUGUCUGAUGAAUUUUGACCUAGCUUCUUGCCACAUCAGUACAGCCACAGUGGCCAUCUCAACGACCAUUUCUGUGGUUCUAGUCUUAUCUUUGAUUCUGGUUUAUAAGUACUAUUUUCACCUGUAUUAUUUGGCAGUGUUGCUCAGUGGACGCCGUCGCUAUGCUGAGGACAACGUCUACGAUGCCUUUGUCAUUUACUCCAGCAGAGACCAGGAGUGGGUGACACGGGAGCUGGAGGAAACUCUAGAAAUGGGAGUGCCUAGCUUCCACCUCUGCUUCUUCUAUAGAGAUUUCAUCCCUGGAGUGCCUGUCAUCACCAACAUUAUCAAACAAGGCUUCCAGAGCAGCCGGAAAGUCAUCACGGUUGUCUCCAGUCACUUCCUGGAGAGCCGAUGGUGUAACUUUGAGCUCGAGGUAGCUCAAUCUUGGCAGCUGCUGGACAGCAAAGCCAGUAUGAUCUGGGUUGUCCUAGAUGGGACAGACAAAGCAGUUCUGCAUCGCAAGUUGGGGCUGUUCCGCUACUUGCGGAGGAACACCUAUUUGGUGUGGAAGGACUCUGAGCUGAACCGACAUGUAUUCCUGAGACAGCUACGGUCAGCCUUGCUUGAUGGCUAAGCAUGGACAAGGAAGAACUGAAGCUAAUGUUAGUAGGUUAAUGUUAGCAGACUAGGGCCAUAUGUCAAUUUUUCUGAUGCCGUGAGCCUGCCACCAAGUCGGGGCUGACGCUUUGCUGGCUGAGGCAAAGGACAAGAUGGUACCCUCCGCCAAGGCACAUGAAGAAAGCACCUGGUUAGGUAGUGGAAUUGUACUCCAAUACUGGUGAAAGGACAGUGACUUCCACUGCAGUUGAGGGCCGCAGGAAAACAUAAAGUGUACAAGGGAGGCCACUCCCAUCUCUAUCCACUCUCAGCCCUUCAGUAUCUGCCAUCUGAGGCAGAUGCUUCACUCUGCCUCAUUGUAGGGCCCUCCCUGCACCAAGCGAAGGCAAUGUUUGAGAACAAAUGUUGUGAAGGAUUACUUUAUUGAGCCCUGAAGAAUUUCCAUCUGGGAAGCAAUGUGAUGCACUACAAAUGUCCUUAUUUACCGGGGGCAGUCUCUAUUCCUUGACUCUGUUGAAUCUAUGUUUCUUUCCCUCCCCAUUUCUUUGCCUUUGGGAAUGCCAUUUAUAAGUUUUCGGUGGGGGCUAGUCCAUUUGGGCAGAUGGAGCAUGGUCCCACCAACCUCAGUGAGCCCUCAACUUGACCCCACCUGCCACCUUUCUGGUUUACAACCUGUCCAGGGGGUAGCACUGCCUGCCAGCCUCCUCCUCCUCAGUCUCUGUGUUAUCGCACUUGUAGAGCUCAGCAGGGAGGAGGAUGGGGACAAAAAUUAGAAUUAGAUGGCUCUGCCUGUCAUUUGCUCUGGCUUUAUCUAGAGCUGCUUUCUGCUCCACCAAUCCAGUGGGCACUACCUCCUACUGUUGCUUAUCCUCCAUGGCUCAUAAUCCCUAGUAUGUGUGUGUGUGGAGGGGAAUGGCUCCCCACUUCUAGCAUGGAUAUAAAAACAUGAACAUGAACUUUUAGUGGGAAGCUACUGUUUUGCACACCCAGCUGCUGAGGUAUAUUUUUGAACUGUUGAUACCAUAUUAUCACUCACUCCUCCAUAGUAUAUCUAUUCUGACGAACGAACACACUUUCAGCUUAUAAAUUCACGGGAUGCUGAGUAUACCAAUGUGCACAAGGCAGAGUAGAGCCUUCAGCAAUGUGUAUAAUGAUAUUUCAGGGUGCUGGCAUGGUAAUAGGGAUGCUACCAAGGUGCCACUAUUUUGAUCAGCAAAAUUCUGGAGGAUGUGCAGGGUAAGUGGGUGGGGGACAGGGGGAUGUUCUGGUUGGAUGACCCUAAUAAAAGGAUUUAGCCUUUGCCCUUGGGGAAAUUAUCUGUGUAUGUGGUGCGGAAUCUUUAAGAGAGGGAAGAGGAACAAUGGUGCCUUCACUCUGCCUCCCAUCAGCCCCAGCCAGCAUGGCUAGUGGUCAAGUAUGAUGGGAAUUGUAGUGCAGCAGCAUCUGGAGGUCCAGAGGUUCCCUAUCCCUGCCCAUAAGGAUAGCAUUUCAGAAGCUACAUCCACUGGCCCAUCCCUCACCUGUAUUGAAGAUCCGUUAUUGGUUAAAGCUUAUUUUCUUCCCGGUUGGGUUGGCACCCUUAACCUGUGUGCCUUCUCCAUCUGAGGGCUCUGACCUUUCCUCUGCCCUGGUUCCUGCCUCAUGGGCGGUGCCAAACCCCAUAACUGCCUCCCUCUUCUGGAUCAGUCCGUGACUUGCUGAAGAUGAAACAAAAAUGAGUUGAGCUGUGUAAUACUAACACAAAUAAAUGGGAAGCAAAGAGAGAGUAAGACAGGCUCCUUUAUUUAUUCAAGGUUCUAUAUUGUCCAUGCCUAGUAAAA